UUGUUAACRAUGGUGCCUAUAUCUCUGGUUCUCCUGCAGGAUCCCCAGGAUGCUCUCCCUAAAGGAACCCUGCUGGCCAUCCUCAUCACUGGAGUCACAUACCUGGGAGUCGCCCUCUGUGUCUCUGCCACGGUGGUGCGUGAUGCAACAGGAAACAUCAACGACACCAUUGCCACAGGGAUGRACAUGUUCUGUAACGGUACCAACACUGCUGCCUGUGAGCAGGGAUGGAACUUCUCCUCCUGUGAUGUCAACAGCUGCAAGUUUGGCUCCAUGAACAACUUCCAGGUGAUGACCAUGGUGUCAGGGUUUGGUCCUCUCAUCACAGCAGGAACCUUCUCUGCCACCCUCUCCUCCGCCCUCGCCUCCCUCGUCAGCGCACCCAAAGUCUUCCAGGCUCUGUGUAAAGACAACAUCUACACUGCACUGAAGUUCUUCGCCAAGGGACACGGCAAGAACAACGAGCCAAUCAGAGGCUACGUUCUGACCUUCAUCAUCGCUGUCGCCUUCAUAAUCAUCGGCGAGGAUUGCAAGUCCAGAACAGGUGAACUGGGGCUCGUCCACUCAGCCGUGACGUUUGUCAGCGCGGUCAACAACGCUCUGUCACUGACCGGAGUAGAGGACCAUGUUAAGAACUUCAGGUCUGGUCGUCUGAAACCCAACAUUCUGAUGAUGGGCUUCAAGAAAGACUGGGGACAGCAGACACAGCCGGCGUACAGAGCUAUGUAG